AUGGCACGUCCUUUUUCAUCAUUUACCUUAUUCUUCAUCAUUUUGCAGCUCUUAUGGACUUGUAGUUUGUAUGCAAAUGGAUGUUACACUUCAAUCAUCGGUUUUGGAGACUCUCUAUUCGACACUGGUAACCUAAAACAGCUAAAUCCACAAUUAGGUUUCUUUUAUCCUCCUUAUGGGGAAACCUUUUUUCAUAAGCCCACUGGCCGUGCUUCCAAUGGUCGCCUCAUAAUCGAUUUCAUUGCUGAGAGCCUCAAGCUGCCAUUUGUACCACCAUUUUUCGAUGACAACGGGGGCGAGAAGAUGGAAUUGGGACAAGGAGUAAAUUAUGCGGUAAUAGGUGCAACCGCAUUGGAUUCUUCUAUUCUUGAAGCUAUUGGGGUUCAUAACAAGUUUACAAAUGUUAUCUUUACGAGUUCAACUUGA